UUUUCCAGUCGGUCCCCUUUUCUAUUAAAGAAGGAAAUCCCGAAACUCACUGGGGCAGAGAAGAGGCAGAAAUCACGGGCACAUUUGGAGAGCUCGCGCAGAAGAGAGCGUACACACGGAGCCUUUCUGCAGGCGGAUCAGUCCACGGUGCAUGCACAGUGUCUCUGCCCCCGUGCGCGCGCGCGUGUGUGUGUUUACAAGUGUUUGAAGAGUGCCACAAACGAGGGAAGGACGAUAAAGCCGAAGGAAGGAGGGAUGGUGGACAAUUCAAGCAGUAGUAAGGCACAAAUGCCCAGCAUGUCUCAGGAGCCUGGUGUGGCCUUUCCUCAGAGCACCUCUUCAGGGGGCAUGAAGCUGGAGGCAGUAAUGGAGCAGCUCCAGCGCCAGCAGCAGGCCCGACUGGAAAUGGAGCGCAAGGAGAGGAAGCUGCGAGAGGCCCACAUCAUGUAUGCUCAGCAGGUUGCUGCCCAGCAGGCAAUCCUGGCGGCUGCCCGGGCUUCUGGGGCCAGCUUCAUGGGCAAGAGCCUGGCUGUAGGGGUCCCUGGUGUCGGGUUGCCUCCUCGGGUCUCCAAUCAGAGCAGUGUGGACUCGGAAAGAGAGGAUGACGAGGACCGAGGCCGGGAUUCUGGGGAUGACGAUGACGAUAAUGAGAUGAUGGAGGGGGACGAGGGCAGUGACGAGGAUGAGGGAACUGCCAGUGGUCUUGAGUUCCUCCGCAAGCAGACCCUCGCUUUGCAACAGAGCGCCUCCCGCAUCCCGGCCCGUCCGUUCGGCAGUUACUCUGCGUCCGCCCCCCAGAGGGCUGCAUCCCCACCUAUCAGAGUGAAGCAGGAACCUGACGAGGGUCUGUCUCCUGCAGGGCCUCACUCUGCUACCUCUCCUAAUGGACAGGCCGACUGGGGCUUUGAUGAUCACUUCAGACAGAAUGGGAGCGCGGGCUGGGCAGAUGAGGCUGACAGUAGCAGAGGAAGAGGAGAGGCCUCCAGAGACUUUGCUAAGCUGUAUGAACUGGAUAAUGACCCCAAGAGGAAGGAGUUUUUGGAUGACCUCUUCACCUUCAUGCAGAAAAGAGAAACAUCUGGCGGGCCAAAUCGAACCUUAUGGUUUUGUCACUCUGGGCAGCCUUAGUGUAGACACAUAUGAUUCUGUAAC